UAAUUUAUAUUAUUAGUAUUAUAUGAGCUGUUGCAUAAUUAUGAAGUGGAAAGAAACUGAUGAACAUUUUUCAGAUUUUCAACCAAAUUAUUUGUCAACCUUCAUGUCAGUCCUAUGGAGGACCAAAACUGACAUCAUAAAAAAUAAAAGCAUAAAUAUAUAUUUAGUUUUUCCUUGUCCUUACACAUUUAUUGUCGUCAAGAAAUUUAUAUGUUUUGUUUUUCCUUUCCUUUAUACAUGUGCUGUCAUCAAAAAAUAUUAAUUUUACUUUUCCUUACACGUGUUUUCAUCAAGAAAAGUAGAUAUUUUGCUUUGUCUUCCUAAUACAAGCCUUCCUUCUUUUGUCAUUGCCUCCUCUUCUUUUUCUCCUUCUCCUUUUUCUGCUUGUCUUUUUUCUCCAUGUCCACCUUUAUGUUAAUGAGGAGAGCUGCCUAUGACCUCUACUAUCGGCCAAUAAAACUCUGGAACCAAAGUCACUGCGUCAGACGUUGUGGGACGUUUACGUCUCGCUCAGUUGUUCGGUUCCAUCUUUACAGGCCACAGACCAAAACAAACUUUAUCCCAGUGUUUUUAAUCCCCCCCCUAUUGAAUAUGACUUUAAAUAUUAAUAGAGGUUAUGUGUCUCAUGUAACAGCAUGAAUUACCACUUUCUUUUAUCAGUUGGUAGCAGGGUAAGGCAUUUAUUAACAUUAGUUUGACAGGAAUGUUUGGUUCGGACAUUUGUUGCUGGUCCCUAAUUGAACCUCUGAGAGCUUGAGAACGGCUGGUCGAAAUUAGCGUUCAUAAAUCGAAUCAAGCUUGAGCUAAACGCCGCUUGCUCUGCGGAUAUUGGAAUAUCCAAUAUCGAACUUGAAAUCACUGCGGUCAGUAACAGAAUAAAAACAUCGGGAUAAAGUUUGUUUUGGUCUGUGGCCUGUAAAGAUGGAACCAAGCAACUGAGCGAGACGUAAACGUCCCACAACGUCUGACGCAGUGACUUUGGUUCCAGAGUUUUAUUGGCCGAUAGUAGAGGUCAUAGGCAGCUCUCCUCAUUAACAUAAAGGUGGACAAGCAGAAAAAUGACUUGGUUUCAUCCAUCAGGUUUGCUAAAUGUUUCCCAGGCUGGACGGUGAAUGUAACUCUGGUUCUGAUCCAUUUGGAUCACAUGUAUGGCUUGUAACACCUGAUCAUUUUCAGCAUUAAAUCCUGUUUUCAUAAAUAACCAAAUUUCUUUAUUUCUCAAGGUGAUUUACACUCAGAGGUUCUGGUCGGGUUCUGAAACUGGUAAACGGACCUGGUGGAGCACAGAGUCAGAAAUGAAUGAACUCCAACAAAACUAUGAGGAAACUGAAGCUCCACGCCUUUCCUCAGAACUGAUCUGGAUCAGAACCGGUUCAGCAGCAUCUGGAUCAGCCAAUCAGCAGUGGAGUUUCCUCCUGUGUGUCUCUGCUGGUUCCAGUAGAAACGCUGAUCUGGUGUCAGAGGUGAUCCGCUGCUGGGAUCUGAUGGAAGCCUCUCUGUGGUUCUGAGAGGAAGAUGAUGAUGAUGAUGAUGAUCCUCCUGCUCGUUUCCCAGCAUGCUCUGGGUGGAGUGGUGGAGGUUAAUGAGGGGGCGGAGUCUGUCCUGCUGCCCUGCGUUUACUCUGGUCAAAGACCUGAAGAUCCGUUCCUCAUCUGGACUCGCAGUGAUCUCAGUCCUAACUCCGUCCACCUACGGAGAGAAAACGGUGACGAUCUUAAGAACCAGAACCAGCGUUUCAGAAACCGGACCUCCAUGAAUCCUGACGCUCUGGAUACUGGAGACUUCAGCCUGACUCUGAGGAAACCUCAGCAGUCUGAUGGAGGAAACUACACCUGCAGCAUCUCUGAUGAAAUAGAAGAACGGACAGUGAAACAGAUUCAUCUGAAGGUCAAAGUUGAUCAGCAGGAGGUCGAGGUCACUGAAGGGUCAGAUUCUGUCAUCCUGCCCUGCAGAACAUCAUCCCACCUUCCUGAGGACACAUCAGUGGAGUGGACCCGGUCAGAACCAGAAUUUAUGAUGGUUCACAGCAGCAACCAGAGAAACCAGGACGGUUUUUACCGCGACCGAACAGAGAUGAACAAAGACUUCCUGAGGACCGGAGACGUCAGCCUGACCCUGAGGAAUCCCAGAGACGGAGACGAUGGACGCUACGUCUGCACCGUCUACAGAGACCAGGACGUCCUGAGACACACUGUGGUUCUGAAAUAUGUAAAGAAAGAACCCUUUCCAUCCUGGGCCACAGCUCUGCUGGUUCUGCUGGUUCUGGUUCUCAUCGUCUCUGCAGGCGUUUUAUAUCAUUUUAAAGAUUAUUUCCUGCCAGCUCGACAGGUGAAGGUGGAUCCAUGGGUGAAGUCUGUCCUGCUGCCCUGCAGAACCAGCGUCUGCCUUCCUGGAGGCUCUAGAGUGGAAUGGAGGGACGGAGAGAACAAGACGGUUUGUGUGUAUCCGAACGGUUCUGAUGAUCCUGAAGAACAGAACCUGACCAGCAGAACCAGAACCAGGAUGGGUAAAGAACCACUGAAGACUAAAGACCUCAGUCUGACUCUGGAACGCCCCUCAGUGGCAGACAGCGGGAUCUACACCUGCAGAGUCAGGAAAGGAAUCACCCUGAUGAUGAAACGGGUUCAUCUCCAGGUCAAAGAUAUUGUUGGUCAGUAUCAGCCUGACCUUAAAGAGUUUCUGAAGAUGAAGUUCCAGAGUCUCUCUGAAGGCGUCGCUGAACAUGGAAAUAAAACCGUUCUGGACCAGAUCUACACAGAGCUCCACAUCACAGAGGGGUUAACUAGAGAGGUCAACCAGGAACAUGAGGUCAGACACAUUGAAACAGCAUCCAGGAAACAAGAAACAGUCAGACGAGAAAACAUCUUUAAAGUCCAACCUGGAAGUGAUCAACCAAUCAGAACACUGAUGACCAUGGGAGUGGCUGGCAUUGGGAAAACACUGUUAACACAGAAGUUCACUCUGGACUGGGCUGAAGGCAAAACCAACCAGAACAUUGAUUUCAUAUUUCCAUUCACUUUCAGAGAGCUGAAUAUGUUGAAAGAAGAAAAGUUAAGCUUAUUAGGACUGAUUCAUAAAUUAUUCACUAAAACCAAAGGAAUCUUUAGCUUUGAAACGUUCCAGGUUCUGUUCAUCUUUGAUGGUCUGGAUGAGAGUCGACUUGGUCUGAAUUUCAACAACAAUCUGAUCCUGACUGAUGUUACAGAGUCCAGCUCAGUGGAUGUUCUGGUGACAAACCUCAUCAGGGGGAAACUGCUUCCCUCUGCUCUCCUCUGGAUAACCACACGACCUGCAGCAGCCAAUCAGAUCCCUGCAAAGUGUGUUGACAUGGUGACAGAGGUCAGAGGGUUCACUGACCCCCAGAAGGAGGAGUACUUCAGGAAGAGAUUCAGAGAUGAUGAAGAGAAGGCCAGCAGGAUCAUCUCCCACAUCCAGAAAUCAAAAACUCUCCACAUCAUGUGUCACAUCCCAGUUUUCUGCUGGAUCACUGCUAAAGUUCUGGAGGAUCUGAUGAAGACCAGAGAGGGAGGAGAGCUGCCCAAGACCCUGACUGAGAUGUACAUAGCAUUCCUGGAGGUUAACUUCGCAAUCAAGGAAGAAAAGUAUGAUGGAGGAAAACAGACAAAAUCAAUCUGGAGUCCAGAGAACAAGAAGCUGAUUGAGUCUCUAGGAAAACUGGCUUUUGAGCAGCUGCUGGAGGGAAACCUGAUCUUCUAUGACAAAGAGCUCAAACAGUACGGCAUCAACAUCAAAGAUGCUGCGUUGUUCUCAGGAGUGUUCACUGAGAUGUUUAAAAGAGAGAGAGGGACGUGCGACAUCUCCAUCUACUCCUUUGUUCAUCUGAGCAUCCAGGAGUUUCUGGCUGCAGUCUACAUGCUCCACUGUUUCACCAGCAGGAAGUCAGAGGUGAUCAAGACGUUUCUGGGAGAAGAAUACAGAGAAACAUCUCUAGAUGAGUUCAUGAAGAAAGUCAUGUAUGAAUCCCUCAGCAGUAAAAAUGGCCACCUGGACCUGUUUGUCCGCUUCCUUCAUGGUCUCACUGUGGAGUCCAACCAGAGACUCUUAGGAGGCCUGCUGGGUCAGACAGAGAACAGUCCAGGAACCAUCCAGAGAAUCAUCACCAACCUGAAGGAGAUGAACUCUGAUAAAAUCUCUCCUGACAGAAGCAUCAACAUCUUCUACUGUCUGGUGGAGAUGAACGACGUCUCAUUUUAUCAGGAGAUCCAAUGGCUGCUGGAUUCAGGGAAGGAGCUCUCAGUGACUGACUGUUCAGCUCUGGCCUUCAUGCUGCAGGUGUCAGAGGUUCUGGAUGAGUUGGACCUGGAGAAGUACAACACAUCAGAAUCAGGACGACUGAGACUGGUUCCAGCUGUGAGGAACUGCAGAAAGGCUCGACUUGGUGGCUGUUCGGUCCAAAAGGCUGAAUGUGAAGUUUUGGCCUCGGCUCUGAAGUCCAACCCAGAUCUGACUGAACUGGAAAUAAAUCAGAUCAUUAUAUAUAAAGGUGGUGGAGACGCUGAUCUGAAGCCUCUGGUUGAGAUCCUGGAGAGUUCAGUCAGUAAAGUGAAGAUUCUGAGGUUGAAGGAAUGCAGUUUAUCAGAGACCAGCUGGACUUCUCUGUUCUCAGCUCUGAAGUCCAACCCGACCCAUCUGACAGAACUGGACCUGAGCAGAACCAACCUGGAAGGUUCUGUAGUGAAGGAGCUCUGUGGUUUUCUACAGACUGAAGGCUGCAGACUGGAGACAUUGAGAUUGUAUCACUGCAGUUUGUCAAAGAUCAGCUGUGAUUAUUUGACCUCAACUCUGAAGUCCAACCCGACCCGUCUGACAUAUCUGGACCUGAGAGGAAACAACCUGAAGGAUUCAGAUGUUCAGCAGCUGAAGCGUUUUGUAAAGACUGUAAAGUAA